UAACAGAAAAACUUGUUUACUUUGAUCAUCAAAAUGUAAAUUCCCUUUGCUCGUGCCAUCAUUACGUCAUCAGCUCACGCUGGAUCUGUUUCUUUCGAGUUAUAGAAACACGAUUCUAAAACAAUCAGCGCGGGUAUUUUCUUUGGGCUAUUUCCUAACAUUUGGUAAUGCUAUAGAAUAGGAGGAAUGUAGAGCAAGGCCGAGGUUUGGAACGUUCCAGGUUAAUAAUUUGUUUAAUAUAUGGCUUUUGCUUUGGUUUUACAGGACCCGCAAUCAGCCCGGGGGCAUUACAGGAGAAUAAUAUCCUUGAAUUAGCCAAUCAGAGCGCGUGUUAUUUCACCAACAAAUACAAGCCACAUAAUAUCUGCACAAUAGCACAAACCAGAAUAAUUUCGACUGCCUCUGUUGCGUGAUCCACAGAUAACUAAUUUGUAUCCAACAGACCUGUGCAUUGUACUCAUGUAUAUCAGUCUACAAGUUGAAAAAUUCAGAAGGCUUAGAAAUAAAACCAAAACCGAUAGAACUUGGUUUCUUAGAAAGUGAAUUCAAAACGUUUCGUGGAAACAAAUUAAACCACAACAAGCAUUAAUUUCUAUGGUAACUGAACCUUAGCCAAUCGCAUAAACAAGAAAUGUCAGCAUCGUUUGGUCUGUUUAUGCAAAAAGUCAAGGUCUGCUGAAUUUUUUUUCCUCUUAUUUUAUUUGAACGAAUGCGAUAACAUGAACAACGGAGACAACCGGAUCGAUAUUCUGUUUCCUGGGAAAGAAAAGAACUGAAAAACAAAACACUGAACGUUAAAUAGUACUAAGCAACAUGAAGACACGGCAGGUGCAAUCAGUGAGCCAUGGACAGACAGCCAAACCUACAACUCAAAGAAUGGUGUUAAUCUAAAUGUUCUUCCAUUGUAUAAUGAAGAUCAUAAUAAGGCAGUGAGUCCAAUUACAUCCAGUCAUCACUGAUAGGCGGCAUCCGGUCGAUGAAGGUCUCAAGCACAGAGGCCAACAGUCAUCAAAAGAAAUGAACAUUUCCCAUCUUUUUAGCAUCCAACUUCGCACUGCUCAGCACGAAAGGAAUCUCAGCCUUCGUUACUCCUCGUCGUUAGAAUAAUGCACAGGUUACGAGUCCGCCUCCUUGUGUUUAUCUGGUCAGCAAACCACCCACUGCUGACAUGCGCCGGCGCACGUGUCCAAGCGUGGUCUAAACUGAGCUAAACGUCAACACAAGUGAAAAGCUCUGGUUCCACAUCUCAAGACAAGUGAAAUUACGUUCACGAUGACGACGGGUAAGCUCCAGUUCCACUUCUUAAAACAGUAUAUCUUAAUUCUGGAAAGGUAUUUGCGUAUCUCAGCCAACAAUUUGUAAGUUUCAAACACGCCUUCGUAAACAUCCCCGCUGGAGUAAAUGAUCAUACAUACAUAUACACAAGUCGAACCGUUUGAGUAUGAUUUAAAGUUACCUUGAAUAGUCUUCUAUCGUAAGGAGGUACUACUUGCGUAAUUCAAAGAUUUUGUCGGUCAGUUUUACUCGCAUAGAACAGAAUGUACGAAAGCAGGCCUUCGCAAGGCCUAAAUUCCCCUCGCGUUCUUGUAGUUGUGUAAUUUUUCUGCUGCGAAUUUCAGGCUACGGAACUAAGCAAUUACCAGAACCGUCUUGGCAUUAAAAAUGCCAAAUUGUCUUGCUCUAAGACAAUGAUAACCUUUCUAAACCUUCUGCUGUUUUAUGGUUUCCAGAUAACGAUGGCCAAUGAAGAAACCAAAAUGGAAAUUGGUCUUUGCCCAUUUAGGGACACGUCCACGGAUGAGGACAUGGACUGGCAGCCAUCCCACCAGAUGGCUGCAAGUUCUGCUCUGGGACCACAGAAUGGGAUAACAAUAUCUCUGAGCAAGAGUGAUCCUGCACACAGUAAUCAGACUAUUCUGACGGUCUUGAGGGAGUGCACUGAAAUAAGAGCUCACAUAGAGCUCUCAGAGGUAAGUAAAAAAACACACAAACAAACAAACAAACAAACAUACAUUGUCCUCGCAGAAACUGCAACAAUUGCCACAAAAAUAUUGUAAUGAAAAUGUAGCUCAUAACUCAUGCUGACCAGAGAGAGAUUGCUGUCCACUAAAGAAAAAGGCCCUCAAUAGGUCACAGUGAAAAAUAGAGCAAGCUGAUACAUGACACGUAGAAGUUCAGCAUACAUCCAAGCAGCAUGAAACGGCAUGCACCAAGUUAUUGUGUAAAACACUUUGGCACAACAUUUCAAAACUAACCCUUUCAAGAGGCAUUGCCAUGUGAGCAUCGUUCCA